UCAAAUAAGACACAAACAGCCCCUUAGCACCACCAGUUCCUCAUCCUUGCGUGGCUUUAAUUGCUUCCAUCCCGUUAUCAUCCAUUCCCUCCUUAAAACCACGUCCCUCCCGUUCAACCCUCCACCCAGAAUAACACACAAUGGAUAUUUGGUCAUGGAUAUCCGAACUCCCCAACUCGGAUGAAUGGAGCGAGUCAGACUCAUCACCCAAGUUCGAACUGGCGAGUUCGGAACCGGGUGAGGACAAUUCAACUAGCUCUAUUCACCUGAAAGCCGAGAGAACCUCCGGGUCAGACUCAGAAGCAGUGGUGACCUUCACAGUGUGCUUGCAGGGCUUUCAUCCAUUCAAUGCUCAAAAACCUCUUUGGGUCUCCGAAAAAUGCCACCUUUCUUCACAAAACCCGUUCCUCCCUCUGCUACUCCAACUCCUCCAAGAAAUCAUAUCCCUAUCACCCACAGCGCACGAUAGCACUUGCCCCAGGUCCCAACUCCAGAAGCUGAAGCCCGAACCCAUCGCAUGGAUCAUGGACUCUCACACACCUGAAUCCCUCUCAACUUUCUUCAACCUAGUCUUCACCAUGCGCCUCUUCUGGCUCUGCGUGUGCGACGCGCCCAGCGAAGCAGGCUCGCUCUACUUCCACUCACUACUCGCUCCCACGCUCGAAACGACGUCGUCAAGGCUCGCCUCCAUUCUGCGAACCUUCUUUAUAACCGUGGGCGUCGAUACGGAGCUGUGCUUCAUGCGCACCCUCGGUUACAUAAUAGCAAAAUGGUGCAUUAUAAGAGAGCUCGGGGUAGGAUUACAGACACUGGUGCCUUCUACGCCGUGCCGGAAUCCUAAAUUCUCUUACGCGGCGGAGGCUCAUGGUCUUUGGGUUCUGAAAGGCUACGCGCCCGUCAUGACCAUGAAACUGGCGCGAACCAACGGUCAAAAAAGUCAAUUCCCCGGUAUCGAUGCCAAGGAGUCAUUGCUUCGGUACGCUCUAGCUCACCACCAACUUGAGGCACACGUGCAGCUAGAAUACACCGUUGGAUUCUUUGAUGGAUUCAUUCAGGUUAACGCACGUGUGGAUAACAUACGCCUCCACGUGGUGAGGUUAGGUUUCAACCAAAAUGAUGACGUGGAUUUUAUUGAGGAGAAACACUUUCCGUCUAGGAUUCGGGUUUGGGUGGGCCCAGAAAUCGGAGCGGCCUACGUGGCUGGGCUAAGCUUGGGCCGAUCCACGGAGAACAAGGAGGGAGAAGUGGAAAUUCAGAAGAUCGUGAAGGGCAAUUUCGAAAAAUCAGAAAUUGCGAAGGUAAAAGCGUCGGCGAGGACGUCAAGGAGAACGAGGAAUAGGAGUUGGAGAAUGGAUCAAGAAGCGGAAGGGAAUGCGGCGAUAUUCGACGUCGUCUUGUGCGAUAAUAUGACGGGCCAGGAAGUAGGCACAUGGAAGCCCACGAGCCGAGCGGGUGAUGACCCGGUUCAUGGCCUGAGAGGGCGAUAUGUCGGGGCAAAUAGACCGUUUGGUAAAAAUGGGUCGGUGGUUAUUGCAGGGGAUGAAUAUGGCGAGGAAGUAGGGUGGAGGCUUAGCAAAGAGAUGGAAGGGAGUGUGUUGAAGUGGAGGAUAGGAGGUGAAUUUUGGGUUAGCUAUUGGCCCAACCAAGCAAAAGGUUCUUAUUUUGAAACUAGGUGUGUGGAGUGGUGCGAUGAAGUUGAUUUGCCUCUGAUUCGUGGGAAAAUUCCCUAGGCAUUUAAGCACAUAAUUACGUGAAGCCCUUCCACCAAAUGAACCACAAAAAAAGGGGGAGACGUAUGUGUAAAUAUAUAUAUAUAUAUAUAUAUAUCUAAGCUUAGCUACUAGUAAGGUUAUAGUGUAUGGUACUAUGGUUUAUGUAUGUACAAUAGCCAUCGGUGCAUUACUUAAAUAAACGCUUUAACUAUCAUGUCUAGUUUCAUAUGCAUCCGCUCACAAAAAUGCCCAACAAAAU